ACCUAUUCUCCACACAUUAUUAUCUUAUUCCGGCCACACUUAAACAACCCAUAUCUCUAUCUAAUAACAUGGCCGCCACCGCCGUCCCUCCAUCUAUCCUCCUCAUCCUGGUUGUGGCAUUCACCACCGCCACUACAGCGGUUGCCCACCGUCCACCUCCCUCCGACCACAAAACCCUACUCCUCAAUAAAUGCACCAAAGCCCUUGGUCGAGAUGACUCAAACUUGGUCAUAUUUUGCGCUCGUGAUUUACUCGGCCACAGAGCUGCCUUUCUCGCUACUUGUGAUAGGAGAAAGACCGUGGCUGUCGUCUUAAAGGAAGCCCACAACAAAGUCAGAGCUUUCGAGGCUUUGGAGAAAAAGAUAAAUAGCGAAAAGUCUUUGAGUGCAAAAGAGGUCCAAGAUUUUAAGAGGUGCUGGGGAUUUAUAAACAAGGUGGUUAGUUCAACCGAUUCCAUUGUGGAUUUGAAUGGGGUGGAUGGAAAAGCGGCAAUGAAGGAGCAUUGCAAUUUCUCUAUCGCCGGAAGACAAAGUGGUGUGUGGUUAGAGUUGCAAAUGAAGGCAGUGGAAUCUUUAAGGGCGGAUAUGGUGGCGAUUGCGUUUGUAGAUCAACUCUAUGGUAUUGCCCAUUAAUUUUAUAGGGUGUGUUUUGUGGUGAAAAGAGUAAUUAUAAUGGGUAGUGAGAGGAAGAUUAUUCCCUUCAUUUCCUAAAUGUUGGCUAGGUUGAUUAUUACCACUAUUGUAUAAUUAUUACUCUUAAUUUAUUGUGGAGAAUGGAGAUAAAACUAUUUUAUUUCUUAAAA